CCUGCCUGCUACAAGUACGGUGUGCCUGGAUGUCCGAGGGACUACAAUCCAGUUUGUGGGACCGACGGAGAGACCUACUCAAAUGAGUGUGUGCUCUGCCUUUCAAACAGUGAAAAUAAAAAGGAUGUCCAAAUUUUCAAGAUGGGAAGAUGCUGA